GAUGGAGUUGGGGCAGGUUUAUUGGAAGGACCGCUGGCACACUAACCUUGCUACCUGCUAGGGAGAAAGACGUGCUCCUGAGCGGAGGAAAAAGGACACAGCUAGCAGAUAAUUUCUGGGUAAGGAACCCCUUCGAUAUUCCUGAAGACUCAGAAGGGAAACAGAAACCAAAAACCUUGAUUCUCAAACUCCCUGCUCGGAAGCCCCACAAGGAAGCCCCCAGUUGCAGCUGCGCAGUAUAAUUUGCAGCCAGGUCUCACGCCACCAUGUGGCUCUGGGCUCUCCUUCCUGUGCUCCUAGCUGUAGGAGGUAUUGUCGGCUUCUGGGUUGUGUAUGCCAUGGCUGUUGCAAACGGAUCUGUAAACAUCACAGAAGCUUUUCCAUAUAUCAGUACAUGCGGCUCCUCCCCACCCCAGAGCUGUGUCUUUGGUCAAGUUCUUAAUCUUGGAGCUUUUCUAGGCGUGGUGAUCUGCUUUCUGAAAUACCAACAGGUGCGGGAUUACGGCUGUCACUCCCGUUUAAAUCUAGUCGGGCUCAUUUUCGGUCUACUCUGUGCCCUUGGGUCGUCUAUUGUGGGCAAUUUCCAGGAAAAAAACCAAAUAGAAACCCAUUUAGUUGGGGCCUUCUUGGCUUUUGUGGUGGGCAUCCUUUAUUUCUGGGUCCAAACAUUCCUGACCGACCGAGUGAAGCCGAGGCACGGAGGAUGGUGGAUCGGGCCCCUCAGAUUCUCCCUCAGCUUUUGUGGUUCUGCCUUUCUCAUUGCCACGAUUGUGCUCUUUUUCCUGAAGCUGAAUUCUGAGGCCGCCUACUGCGAAUGGGCCCUGGCCAUGGUCCUCUUCCUUCUCUUUGGGCUCUUUGCAGUGGAUUUCUGGAACAUGGGGACCUGCUCAGUCCACGUCUAUCACCAGCGGGCAGACCAAGCGGCUCAAGACACGCAGGCGUCAACGCAGACUCUCCCUCUCUGAUACCUCCUAUGGAAAUGGGGGGGGGGGGAGAGAGAGAGAGAGAAUGGGUCUCUGUGAAGCUUUCCACACAGAGUUGGAAUCCUUUUCCAGUGGGCCGGAUCAUGCCCCGCCAUGUCCUCUGAUGAUAGCGAGUGAAGUAGUUCCCAGCUUUUCUGCUGGGGGAGGGGCCGUGUGGGACUCCCUACAGUCUGGGGUUUUUGGCCAUUUUUGGAGAGUCUCCCUGACUCGUCACUCCUCAUCUCAGCCAAAUCUCCUCCUCGGUGCUCUUCAUAACAUUUAGCCACCGCCUUCUGCUGACUGAGUAGGGGCAGCUCUUCGCCUCCCCUCGCAAAAGGACCCACCAAAAUCUCCUCUGCAAACCAGCAUUUUAAAAGUGUCUUGUUUUAUUUUCUGUUAGCGUCCUCCCGCUGGUGGCUGCAAAAUCCCUGCCACCGCCAGUUCUUCAUCUUACCCAUCUCCACACCGCUGUGUAUGAAAACCAUAGUGAGGUAGAAGAGUCCUAGGCCCAUCUUUGUGUGACGCACACAUCAGCACCCGCCAUUGGCUGAUAUGUCUGGGCCUUGCUUCCUCUGUUGCGUGGAUGGGCCUAGUAACUCUUUGCAGCACAGAUGGCUGUGAGGAGCCGUUCUCUCCUAUGCUUCCCUCCACAGUAAUAUAUGGGAGGGGAAGACAGCGAGACCAAAAAAAAAACACACCCCAACCACCUCCUCCACAGCCUGCUUUGGUGCAACGAAUCUUGCUGCCACAGUCAACAGCCUGGUCAAACUGCGCGAGUUGCUUAGGCAGAUUCUUACACCAGUUUAAACAGUAUCCCGACAUGGCGGUUGUGUCUUUCAACCACAGCCUCUACACACAGAUGAAUUGUUCGUUUCUGAAGCUGCUGGGUGGGUGGAUAAGAUGAUAUUGUGCCAGAAAGAAUAGGUCCAGCUCCUUAAAGCUCUCACAUACCUCUCCAGUCACUCAUGUCCAGGCAUCCCCAAACUGCGGCCCUCCAGAUGUUUUGGCCUACAACUCCCAUGAUCCCUAGCUAACAGGACCAGUGGUUGGGGAAGAUGGGAAUUGUAGUCCAAAACAUCUGGAGGGCUGAAGUUUGGGGGUGCCUGCUCAUGUCCAUGGAUCCAGGUUCUUUUUCAUCAUGCUCUGGCAGAAUCAACAACUAUGUGUGUCCUUCCUCUUAUGGAAAGGUAGGCACCUUUGCUCUCCUGUUAGGAAAGGUGUUGUAUUAUCCUAUUAUACAGAUGAAUAAUGAAGUCUUGCCUUCCUUUUUUAUGUUCCCAAUGGGGGUUUGCUCAAUCCAUUCUUCCACGACUGGAAAAGUAGGUUCCUCUAACCUUAAUGUGAGAAACUCUUUUUAAAAGCAAAAAAACCCAACCCUUCUUCUUUAUCCCUUGCGAGGCUUUAUUCUGGUAUAGGAGCGCCCGAGACUCCUGCCUUGAGAUUAAACGUUAUUCCUAAAUUAUAGCUACGAACUGAACCUCCAGUCUAAUUGCUUUCCUUUCCUGAGAAAGGACAGUUAAUAAAGUGGAAGUACUGGGUAGCUAGUCGUAGAAGCACUUAUUUCGUUGCCCUAAAAUCAGGGCUGGCGUGGCAGGCUUGAUACAAUUCCAGUCAAUUUACGUGCGGUGUUUAAAUGAGCUGAAGACCACUGGCAAGUUCUCUGAGAAGAUUCCUCAGAAGGCUUAGGGGACUUGGGGCUGAAAGGGUAAGAAUUCUAGAUUUGAUCUAAAGACACAAAGCAAAUACUUGUACUCAAGAUGUGCCACAGAGGAAGAGAAGACAUGUUUCAUUGGGAAGCAGCUUAAAUUCCCAGGGGAGUUGGAAAAGUGCAAAAUUGCCAUUUUUCUCGUACAUUUGCCCCUACAUCCCCAUUUUCUCUCACGCAACAUGGUCCACCUGCAUGGGCAGCACCCAGUCUGCUGGCCCGUCCUAUUGGCUUCAGUCAGCAUGGCCCAAUGGACAGAGAGAAGUCAUUCAACAAUCCCACCCCUGCUAUACCCACACAUGGGAUACACAAAGCCCGUUUGCUCUGGGAACUCUUUCUGGCGUUUUCUUUCCAUGUUGCUUCCUGUGCUAGCAUUGCCCUUCCCUGAGAAGCAAGAGGGCUCCUUUACUUGCAUGUUACCAGAGCCACAUGGAAGCACCACCUGCAACUUUGCAGUAACACAUGAACCAGGCGCUCCCCUCUCUCCCCCGCCCCUCCUUGCACCCAGGUUCAUACACACUGACCACCGUCCAGCCACUUUUUGGCAUACUGUGCACUAAACAUCCCUUCUCUGCCAUAUGGACAGCACCUAUCCUCGUAUUCCCCACCGGCCACGCUUCUGUCUGCAUUUAUUCACACAACCGGCAUGCUCUCAUUUAUGCAGAGCUCUCAUCCCAGACUCGCAUACCCACAGAGUCCUAAGCCCACUCACAAAACACGCUGCAGGCAUAAUUUCCAGGAGCCACAGUCGCUCUUUACACAACCAGCAUCUCCAUGCCAAUAUGGAAACUCACCUGAUUUGAAUAGGUCCCCACCUGCUGAUGGCCUCAGGGAAGGCUUUGGCUGUUUACGCAUCAUUCGUUUAAAGCACAUGACUUCCCCCAAAGAAUCCUGGGAACUGUAGUUAUGGGUGCUGGGAACAGCAGCUGAGGGGGGGGCAAACUAUAGCCUCCAGGAUUCUUCAAAGGGAAGCCGUGUGAUGUAAAUGUUUGGUGUUUCGUCAACUCUUAAUCUCCCUUUUGGAGAAUAUGUGUGUGUAAAGGCCACCUUACCCUUGCACCAUCCAGUAUCAUUGCACAUGCUGGAUCUAUUCCAAGAAAGCCCUGUGAAGAUGCACCCUUGACGUAACCAGAGCCAUCACCCCCCAAAAAACAACAAUGGAUCCCUUUCUCUUCCCUCUCACAACCCCACCUCAUCACCUUCCAGUUAGAAGGCAAAAGGGCCGUAAUCCCCCAGAAGCUUGGGCAGAAAUAACACGUGGUAAGUCUCAGCAGCAAGGGAAACAUUUGAGUGACUGUUUGUAUUUUUCUUCUUCUGAGCAAUAAUUAGACCCCGGAGAUGAAAGGCUUGGGUGGGGUGGGGUGUUGAACAG